CCCGGCUCGGGGACGGCGAUCGCCACGCAGGGGCCCUUGGAGGUCCACCUCCCCCCUCCCCGCGCCCCAACACACACACACACCCUGCCGCCGGGGAUUCGCCUCCACACCAGCCGCUGACACCGGCUCCCCGUCCACCCCGCAGCCGUGGACUGCCCCGGCGCCUGGAGGACCUGGGCCUCGGGUGAACGGGGUCCCUGGACCCGAGAGGACGCGCGCGGCUCUGGGGAGAGGUCCGGGAUCCGCGGGCGCCGCGGCCUCGGGGGCGCAGAGCGCACGGAGCUGAGGCCGGCAGCAAGGAAGCAAUCUUGGCUGCAGCCCCACCGGGGAGCAGGGUGAUGGCCGGGACAAUGGUGGGUGCCCUGAAGCUGUCCCAUGGCUACUGAAGGGACGGUGCAGUCAGGGAACGGAGUGGCGGGCAUGGUGUCCAGCCUGUGGAUCCUGGUCCUGGGGCCCUCAGUUCUGGCUCUGGAAGAGGUAUUGCUGGACACCACAGGAGAGACCUCUGAGAUCGGCUGGCUCACCUACCCACCAGGUGGGUGGGAUGAGGUGAGCGUUCUAGACGACCAGCGUCGCCUGACGAGGACCUUCGAGGCAUGCCACGUGGCAGGGGCCCCUCCGGGCACUGCACAGGACAACUGGCUGCAGACCCACUUCGUGGAGCGGCGAGGGGCCCAGCGGGCCCACAUCCGACUGCACUUCUCCGUGAGGGCGUGCUCCAGCCUGGGCGUGAGUGGGGGUGCCUGCCGCGAGACCUUCACGCUUUACUACCGUCAGGCUGAGGAGCCGGAUGGCCUGGACAGCGUUUCCGCCUGGCAUCUCAAACGCUGGACCAAGGUGGACACGAUUGCGGCUGAUGAGAGCUUUCCGGCCUCCUCCUCCUUCACCUCCUCCUCCUCCUCCACCUCGUCCUCCUCCUCCACGUGGACCGUGGGACCUCACAGGACCAGUCAGCAGCGAGCUGGACUGCAGUUGAAUGUCAAAGAGCGGAGCUUUGGGCCUCUUACCCAACGUGGUUUCUAUGUAGCCUUUCAGGACACCGGGGCCUGCCUGGCGCUCGUAGCGGUCAAGCUGUUCUCCUACACCUGCCCCACCGUUCUGCGUGCCUUUGCUUCCUUUCCCGAGACCCAAGCCAGUGGGGCUGGGGGGGCCUCCCUUGUAGCCGCCGUGGGCACCUGCGUGGCUCACGCAGAACCUGAGGAGGAUGGAGUUGGGGGCCAGGCGGGGGGCAGUCCCCCCAGGCUGCACUGCAACGGGGAGGGCAAGUGGAUGGUGGCCGUCGGGGGCUGCCGUUGCCAGCCUGGCCACCAGCCUGCGCGUGGAGACAAGAUCUGCCAAGCCUGCCCCGGGGGCUCCUAUAAGGCCUUGGCUGGGAAUGGCCCCUGCUCUCCAUGCCCAGUCCGCAGCCACGCCCCUGACCCCGCCGCUCCCGUGUGCCCCUGCCUCCAGGGCUUCUACAGGGCCACUUCCGACCCCCCCGAAGCCCCCUGCACUGGCCCUCCGUCGGCUCCCCGAGAACUGUGGUUCGAGGUACAAGGCUCAGCUCUCAUGCUUCACUGGCGUUUGCCCCAGGAGUUGGGGGGCCGAGGGGACCUGCUCUUCAACGUCGUGUGCAAGGAGUGUGGAGGCCACCCGGAGGGCGGCGUCCGGGGUGCGUGUCGCCGCUGCAGGGACGAGGUGCAUUUUGACCCCCGCCAGAGGGGAUUGACCGAGAGCCGAGUAUUGGUCGGGGGUCUCCGAGCACAUGUACCCUACAUCUUGGAAGUGCAGGCUGUCAACGGGGUGUCGGAGCUCAGCCCUGACCCUCCCCAGGCCGCAGCCAUCAACGUCAGCACCAGCCACGAAGUCCCCUCCGCAGUCCCCGUGGUGCACCAGGUGAGCCGGGCAGCCAACAGCAUCACGGUGUCCUGGCCCCAGCCUGACCAGACAAACGGAAACAUCCUAGACUACCAGCUCCGCUACUACGACCAGGCAGAAGACGAAUCUCACUCCUUCACCCUGACCAGCGAGACCAACACUGCCACUGUGACAAGGCUGAGCCCCGGGCACAUCUAUGGCUUCCAGGUGCGGGCACGGACUGCCGCUGGCCACGGACCCUAUGGGGGAAAAGUCUAUUUCCAGACGCUGCCUCAAGGUGAGCUGUCCUCUCAGCUCCCAGAGAAGUUGUCCUUGGUGAUCGGCUCCAUCCUGGGGGCCUUGGCCUUCCUCCUGCUGGCAGCCAUCACGGUGCUGGCUGUCAUCUUCCAGCGGAAGCGGCGUGGGACAGGCUACACGGAGCAACUCCAGCAGUACAGCAGUCCAGGGCUUGGGGUCAAGUAUUACAUUGACCCCUCCACCUAUGAGGACCCCUGCCAGGCCAUCCGAGAGCUUGCACGGGAGGUGGACCCCGCGUAUAUCAAGAUUGAAGAGGUCAUUGGGGCAGGCUCCUUUGGAGAAGUCCGCCGAGGCCGCCUGCAGCCCCGGGGGAGGCGGGAACAGGCUGUGGCCAUCCAGGCCCUGUGGGCUGGGGGUGCCGAAAGCCUGCAGAUGACCUUCCUGGGCCGGGCCGCCCUGCUGGGCCAGUUCCAGCACCCCAACAUCCUGCGGCUGGAGGGCGUGGUCACCAAGAGCCGGCCUCUGAUGGUGCUGACAGAGCUCAUGGAGCUCGGGCCCCUGGACAGCUUCCUCAGGCAGCGGGAGGGCCAGUUCAGCAGCCUGCAGCUGGUGGCCAUGCAGCGGGGCGUGGCCGCCGCCAUGCAAUACCUGUCCAGCUUCGCCUUCGUGCACCGCGCCCUCUCGGCCCAAAGCGUGCUGGUGAACAGCCACCUCGUCUGCAAAGUGGCCCGACUCGGCCACAACCCUCAGGGUCCCGGGUCUCUGCUGCGCUGGGCCGCGCCCGAGGUCAUCGUGCACGGGAAGCACAGCACGGCCAGCGACGUCUGGAGCUUUGGGAUACUCAUGUGGGAAGUGAUGAGCUACGGGGAGCGGCCCUACUGGGACAUGACGGAGCAGGAGGUACUAAAUGCAAUAGAACAGGAGUUCCGGCUGCCCCCACCUCCAGGUUGUCCACCCGGACUCCAUCUGCUGAUGCUUGACACGUGGCAGAAGGAUCGUGCCCGGAGGCCUCACUUUGACCAACUGGUAGCUGCCUUUGACAAGAUGAUCCGCAAACCUGACACCCUGCAGGCUGACGGGGGCCCCGCGGACAGGCCUUCCCAGGCCCUCCUGAAUCCUGUGGCCCUGGACUUCCCUUGCCUGGACUCACCCCAGGCCUGGCUUUCGGCCAUUGGACUGGAAUGCUAUCAGGACAACUUCUCCAAGUUCGGCCUCUGCACCUUCAGUGAUGUAGCUCAGCUGAGUCUGGAAGACCUGCCGGCCUUGGGCAUCACCCUGGCCGGCCACCAGAAGAAGCUGCUGCAUAACAUCCAGCUCCUCCAGCAGCACCUGAGACAGCCGGGCUCCGUCGAGGUGUGAGUGAGGCCGGGGCAGGAAGCUGAGAGCUGGCGAUACGAUGGCCCAGUUCUGGAUUCAGGGCCACGGAGACCAUGAGGGGGAUAGAAGCCAGGAUCUAUCCUGACUCCUGUGCCUGGCAUUCGAUGUUCAGCCGUCUAGACACUGCAUUCCCCAGCCCCUGCCCUCCCACCGACCUCCCCCACAUUAAAGAAAAAAAGAAGGGAAUUUACAAG